AGCGCCGCAGAGCCCAGCCGAGCGAGCGCGGCGCGAUGGACGGCCGAGUGCAGCUGAUGAAGGCCCUCCUGGCCCUGCCCCUGCGGCCCCAGACGCGUCGGUGGAGGAACCCGAUUCCCUUCCCCGAGACGUUCGACGGCGAUACCGACCGGCUCCCGGAGUUUAUCGUGCAGACGGGCGCCUACAUGUUAGUGGACGAGACCCUGUUCUCCAGCGAUGCCCUGAAGGUGACGUUCCUCAUCACCCGCCUCACGGGGCCGGCCCUGCAGUGGGUGAUCCCCUACAUCAGGAAGAAGAGCCCCCUCCUCAAUGAUUACCGGGGCUUCCUGGCCGAGAUGAAGCGGGUCUUUGGAUGGGUGGAGGACGAGGACUUCUAGGCCGAGAGACCCUCGGCCUGGGGGCGGGUGGCCGGGGAGGGUCCCUUGCGCCAGUGGCCGCCGCCCAGAUAGCUACAGGCAUCCUCCCGCCGCGCCUCCCCCUCCCUCACCUUCGAGUCGCCGCGAUCUCCCCCGCGCUCCUGUCCCCUCCCGCGUAGUGCUUGCCUUUGUUCCAGGAAUAGCGCUCCAGGUUCCCGCUGCUGCCGCUGGGCCUCGCUCUGUAGCGCGCCGCCGCCCUCUCUGGCCUGCCCGGCCCCUCCCGUGCACACUUGGCUCUGCCUGCGCUCCAGCUGCAAGCUGGGCUCCGGUUACACACUGGACAGACCACUCACAGCCCGCCCCCUUGCCGGGCUACCAGGCCUGCAUCCAUGUGCCAGAGAUCUGUGCUGCCGCCACCAUCGCCAUCCACCGCAUCCCACUGACAGACUGCGGCCUUGAGUGAUCUGGACACCCCCGGGAGGGAUCUGAGCUGGCCACAGCCCCUGGACCAUGAUUCAGACAGCUCACUGCCCCCUGAAGGGGCCGGCCUGCCUUUCACCUUCAGCCGGACCCAUUCCCUCCGUACUCCUAGAGACAUCUGCUUCUGCCAGAUGGUCCCCAGGUCCCAGGGGUGCCUGGCAGCUAAAUCGAGUCACUCAUUUUCUCCUGUGGACCUGUUAGUUUUGCCUAGAAUCCAGUUCUCUUCUGAAUUUGCAGCUGUCUCUCUGAUGUGUGCCUUUUGUUCAGCACAGUAACCCCUGCACUCUGCCCAGUUCUUCUACACUACCUGGACAAAAGUCUUUUCCUUAUUUUCAAUAAAUAUCAGAUGCUGUUAAAAAAGAAA